UUCCAGGAGAUGUUUAAAUUCGAGUGUUACUUCAUCAACGGCACUGAGCGGGUGAGGCUCGUGGUGAGGAACAUCUACAACCGGCAGCAGUACGCCCAUUUCGACAGCGAUGUGGGGGUCUAUGUGGGGGACACCCCGUAUGGGGAGUACCAGGCCAGGUACUGGAACAGCCAACAGGAAAGGAUGGAGUACCUGCGGGCUGCGGUGGACACGGUCUGCCGGCACAACUACGAGCUUUAUGCUCCGUUCAGCGUGGAGAGGAGAGGUGAGCGCGGGGCAGAGCGGGUUCCCUCGGGAAUUCCCCUGUCCCAGGAACGACCCUGGAGCCCCUGA